AUGACUCAACCACCUGACUAUUCCCUCUUCUUCACCGACGGUGAUCAGAACCACCUACCCAACGAGAAGGAGUUACGUCAAGGCUACAAGAGCACAGACGACUAUGAUCUGACGAAGAAAGCUCUUUCGAUUUUUGCAGUCGAGAUGGCGAAGAGGCUAGAGACGAAUAUUGAUAAGGCAAGAUUCCCACCGGUUAUAAGAUCCAAGAUCGAUUGGUACAUCUUCGGCCACCCUAACCACAAAAAGUUCGAUUCUUUCGCUCAGUUCUCUCACCACAUUUAUUUCCUCCAGCAGCAGCAGCCACCAGAAGACUGUCCAUGCAAGGUUUGCUUGAAGCAUCCACUCACUGCCCAAACCGUUGUUUACCCGGAUCCGGCACCAGCUAGCAUGAUCAGCCCUUCGGAAGAAGUCGGACCGAAGAAGGACAAGCCUUCACACGCACCGAAAGCACAAACGGAUGCCGCACCGUCUUCCAAGGACGCAAAGGGAGGUUCACGUCGUCAAAAGCCUAUCCCGUCUGGUGAAGAAGUAGAGGAAGAAGCGCGUGCAGCCUCGUCUACUUCGAAAGCGCUAUCGACCAAACGUCACUCAAGGCAUACGCGAGAAGAGCUGCGCGCCAAGGCCGCGGCAAUCUUUGGUGAGGACUCAGAGGACGAAGCGGUGCCCAAGAUAGCCAAACAUCCGGCAAAGCGCCGGUCUCAUUUCGCAGCCAUGUCAGAGAAGCCUUCGAAGCGCGUUCGUACCCAACGCGAUGAAGAGGAGGGUCUCAAUAUUGGUGGUGAUGAAGUAGCGGGGUCUGAAGCUGAAAGUCCCAAGGACUCCGAUGCAGGAGAAAAGGAAAUCUUCGUGCCUGAUCAAGAUGUCCUUUAUCACCAAGAACUCUUUGCCCAAGUCAAGAAGAUAUACGAUCAGCAACUCUUCAUCCGCAUCAAGGAAAAAAAGCGCUUUGACGAACCCAUGAAUCAAAUGAUAGACACAAACUUCAACACGAAGGAAGAGAUUGUCCAUCAGAUGCUUACGGAACUCCCUCAGCAAGGGUCCUACGUGUUUCGAAUCGGUGAGAUCGUGGCAUAUCUUCCAGAUGCGAAGACGACCUUCAGACAAGAGCACAUAGACGGAGAAUUCUGGUUGGAAGACCACGAGACUGGCAAGCUGCUAGGUCGGCCUCCAUGGCUUGCAGGCGUGGUAGCUCAAGUGCCAGAUAGAGUCGUGACUCCGAGGAUGCUCGGAGAGGAGCAUGGAGAGGAAACCUUUCCUCUGCAUCGCUCUAGAUAUCUGAUCGAGCCGCUGCCGGAGAUGGCAUCUUCAAAAAAGGAUACCGGGCUAGCGUCCAUCUAUGUCCCAUUCCGUAACAUCUGCCCUUUCGCCUAUGCCAUCGACAUUCACAAAGGCCGUCCGACUUCCAGUUACCAUGGCUCAAUGUUCUGUGCGAUGGAGCGCAUGGCGACUCUCUCCUUGGUAUAUCGACAGUAUGUCAGGGCUAAAUGGCCACAUGCUCUCAUGUACUACGGCGGGAUCUACCUAGGCGCUGAAUUGCUUGUGGUUGGAGACGCUGUACGGAUCGAGUCAAAUUUCAAGAUCAAGGGAUGCUACGAAAUUCUGAUCAUCAACUCGAUCAAGCUAAGGUUCAACGGUAUUCAACCAGAACCCAAUGGGAGGACCGUGACUGGGAAGAGGGCUGAUUUUCAGCGCCUAUAUUUCCGUGGACACGGCUUUACUACAGACAAAAACCAUCCCCAUGUAGGCGAACCAAUAGAGGCCAAUAUCCAUCCUGCUAUGCGGCAACAGCAGGACGCUGUGAAAUGGUACCGCAUUGGCAACCCCGAUGACGAAAUGGAAGUCGACUUCUCCAGGGUAAUUGGACGCCUCUUCGAGAGCGCAGUGGUCAUGAAAUGGUUCGCAAGACUCUGGCACGCCAACAUGGAGGCAGAAGCCAUCAACUAUGGACACGAAGGAGUACUGCAGAUGCGUCAGCUCGCCCGAAUGAGAUCCCCGAACCUUGGAUGGGACCCCAAUGACAACAAGGGUGAAAAACCGAGGUGGUUUUGGGCGCGUGAUCGUGUGCACGCAUUGGAUCUUAUCUAUCAGGGUAAGCGCGAAGUUGGCGAAGCGGAUCGGAUGGGGGGUCUUGACACCCAUACCCAUGAUUCGGCGGAAUUAGGACCGCGGAAUCCGCUUUCUUGGAGGAGCAUCGUGAUGAAAGUGGACCGCGACAACGCAGUUGGCUACCCUGGUAAGAAGACAGUUGAUCGCCCACGGAAGCUCAUUGGUACCGAGACCCCCAAAGACAAGCCCACCAAGUUCCGGUCAGGCCGCUACUAUUCGUUCGUCAACGGAGAAACCUUUGACAAAUGGACGAGGGACACGGACUCGAUCAUGGACAAUGAGGAUCGAAAGGCGAGACGCAAAGCCUUGCAGAAGUGGUGGAAUGGGAUUUUCUUUCUCCUCUAUUGA